AGUUCAUUACAGCUGUCAGUCCUGUGUGGUUAAGUUUACGGUUUACACGAAGUAACGGUAUAAACUAAGCAAACGCGAAUACGAUAAAUGUCAACGAGGACAUUUAAAUAUAAGACAGAGGCGAAUAAAGGGUACCGUUUACGACUGCGGAGCGAAGUGUAAUAAUUUUAUUACAUUUAACUUUCGCUGGGAUGAUUUAGCGGUCGCUUGAUGUAAACACAUAAAUCUUCAUUCAAAGAAGCAAGUAAACGCGGAUAAAAGUAAAACUCAAAAGUUGCAGUCAUGUGAAAUUUAUCUUAUGUACGUUUGUGGCAUCUGAAAUUACCUUUGUACAAAUGUGCAUGUGUUGUUUAAAGGAGUGCAAAAGUAUGCAAUUGGUGAUUAUAAGUAAAUAGUACUUACUUACCUGCAACAAUAAGUUGGCCAGUGUGGGCUUAUUCACUUAGCUUAGUUAGAAAAGUGCCGGCCCCGACAGAUUUAAACGUAUAAAUUAUGAAUGAAAAUAGUGAAGGCAAAAAUAACAAAAACAACGCUCGUAAAGCUAAGUGCGUGACAACAAAUAAUUUGUUAUUGCUUUGUAGUAAUGGCGGCGGCGGCUCCGGCUAAGCCAACUCCAACGGAGAUAGCGUUGACGUUAACGCUGACGGUCGUUCCAAUUGCGGUUGAUGCGCGUACGUCGUGCUCGUUGGCAUUGUUGAUGGCGUCUGUGCCGGCAGCGAUAGCGGUUUAAUACCGCACAACUAACACUCAUUUCACGCAGUUAGUUUGCUAGCCAGUCAGUUAGCUAGCUAACUCGUCUAACUGUCCCAGCUUACUAUCGAAGUGCCUGCGUAUGCGGUUAUCGUGCGCUCGUUUAUGAAUUGUUGCUUCGAAUUGCAGAUUGUUGUCGCUUUGCGUUCGCGGCUGUGUUUGUGCGCGUGUGUACGUGUUUAGUUAACAACAAGUGCGUGCCACGAGUUUAGUACUUACCAUUUACGUACGUGGGUUGGCACGAUUUUAUGCUGUGAGUAGCACACGGAAACGGCUUAUUGAGCGGUGUUGCUGUGCGCCAUUACGUCUAUGCGCGUGUGUGAUGUGCGGCAGCAAUUAGUUCAAAGGAUUCAGCAUUAAAUUUAAAAUUAUUCCAACUACUUCGUAAGUUUUUCGAAAUAAACUACGCAUAUCUAAGCUAAUGCAUAUGUUAAUCACAGCAAUCAUUAUGAAUAGGAAAUGAAGGAAACACUUUUGCAAAAUAAAAAAUAAAUGAGUUAGAAACAAUUGCAAAGGUCUUCAGGCAGCAAAACUAUUUACUAAAGCAAUUGCUCCUCUGUUGUUAAAAUACUUGUAUAUAUCUACAUAUCCAUUAACUAUGUUUGUUAACAUGUACAUUCAUAUAUAUAUAUAUACAUAUAUGGGUGUGUAAUUGGAAAAAUGUAAUGCAGAACCAAAAUAAAGGCCAGUACGAACGGAAACUGUGUUAAAACGAAAAUAGACGAAUCGUCAACACACAGAAGAAAAUCUGUUUUAGCCCGAUUUUCAACCGAAUAAUAAAACAAAGGCAAACGCGCCUUGAAAAGAAAAAAAAACAGUUUUUUUUAAUUGUUUGCUUGCAAAACAGAUUUUUGCAUUCGUUUAAUCCAGAGCUCAGCAACACUCAUGGCGAAAGUAAGAGCAUUCAGCAUAGCGGAUACUGUUGUUCGACGCAGCAACGCUAGCACCGGAAGGUCCUUCUGCGCUGUAUCGACUAUCUCGCUCAAAUGGAUUUUCCUAUGUUCCUGCUUCACGGUGUUCGAUAGCGUCCACUGUUUGUCCAUGACGGAAGUGCGUAUACCGAAACACAUCAUGCGGCACGAGGACGCGAUGUUGGGCUGCAAAUACGAUUUGGAUGGCGAAUCACUGUACUCGGUGAAGUGGUAUAAGGACGGUUUUGAAUUUUAUCGCUAUGUGCCGAGGGAUAUGCCGCCCGGACAAGUGUUUCCACUGCCGGGUGUUGAUGUCGAUCUGCUCAACUCAACGGAUAAUGUGGUAGUGUUGCGACGCGUUACUUUACAGUCAACAGGACGUUAUCGCUGUGAAGUUUCCGGUGAAGCCCCCUCCUUCCAAACAGUUUCGGGGCAUGAGGACAUGAUUGUUGUCGUUACACCAAAGCAUGGACCGCAAAUCACCGGUGGCCAGCCGCGCUACCAAAUUGAUGACAUUGUGCGCGUGAAUUGUACAUCGGCGCCGUCCAAACCGGUAUGUCAUCUCAGUUGGUUAAUUAAUGGUGUACAUGCGAACCGGACAUUCCUGCGGCCAUACGAUCCCAUAAUUGUCGGACGUGAGGGCUUGGAGGUGGCGCGACUGGGAUUGGAAUUCCGAGUGCGUAAAAAAUUCUUCAAACAUGGUGACAUGAAAUUGAAAUGUGUAGCAAAAAUAUCAUCGGUAUAUUGGCAGAGCAAUGAAGAGAGCGUGGCACAUGAGAAACACCAGAAGAUACCCGUACUAGAAUCGCGCGAAACCGUUGUGGCGAAGUCACGAUUGCGUGACAAAGCAUUAGAUGAUAAUCAACAUAAAGACGCCGGCACAUCAUCAGCAGCUACAUCAUCGGCGGCAGUGUUCUUGCCAUUAGCGGCACGUAGUUCGAUACUUUUGCAUAUCACACCCACACUGCUGCUGCUCGCGCUGCCCGACUUAGCAGCCAUGCUGCCACUGUUAAUAACAUUUCUGAGUCAAUAUUGGCAAUUUAAUAUUUAUGUGCGCCAACCAAGCUAUCGAUUGCCAGCAUGUCACGGCUGCAGCAGCUACUGGCGUUGGUCGCACAGCUUUCGAAUCGUUUGCAGAUGACAAUUAGCUGUGGCAUAUUAAAUAGGACCGCAAGCAAUGACAGUUGCAGUGGCAGUGGCAGUGGCAGCGACAGCAAGGAGACUGCUCGGUCAUCGUCAUUGAUUAGUAUAAAUUGUUGCAGAUUAAUAUAAUUUUUUUCGUUGUCAAUUAAUUGUUGAUAUGUUCGUCUCUAGUUGGGUAGAAUUAUUAGCACCGUAACCGCUUAAUAACUGUGUGAAUAUGGGAAAGAAUGAUGGCAAGGAAAGUGAGAUGAAGGAAAACAUUUGUGACUUUUAUUGACUUAGUUUUAAUAGAGAAAAAUAAUUAGUGGAGAAAGAGGAAAUGAAAUUAAAACCUAAUUAGCUGAACCUUGCCAAUUUAAAACAUAUAAUUUUGAAGAUGAAGCUUAGAAUGAUGGAAAGAUAUUUGGAAUAACUGAGGAGAGUUAAUUGAAAGGUCUCACUUUUCUACAUAGUCCUGAGAUCGUUGAAUAUUAAUUUAAAGCCCACAAAAAUUAGCAGAGUUUAAAGAUGUAAGUUUAAAAUCAAAAUUUUAAGAUAUUAAAAAAUAGUUCAAAAUUUUUUUUUAUUUAAAAUUCUUUUUUUAAGUUAUUUAUUCCACAUUUAAUAAUAAACUUUGCUUAAUAUUUUUUUUUAAAGUUCGAUUCAAUAAUUUUACCUUCCAGUAAGGUUUUUUUCCCAAUAUCAUAUAAAAUAUAGAAAGUGUUGCAAAUGUGCCAAGUUUUGCAGACAUUAUUUGACAUUUAUUUAUUUAUUCAAUUUAGAUAUAGUAUACAAAUAUAAUAUAAUAUAUAAAAAAGGAGAACACUGGCUGCCAGGGCCUACGGCUCAGUUAUGCGAAAUGGUAUUGUUAUUAUUAUUAUGUUAUAUUAUGGUGUUUGUCACGUGCACAAUUUAUUUAUUUUGAUUUAUGUAUAUUUUUUAUUAUAUUUUCUUGCUUAAGUCUAGUUCCUUGAAAAAUUAGUUUAUUCAUUCGAUGUUUGUUUUUGUGAUGAUUGUAAGUAAAUCUCUUUCCUGAAGAUUCUUUCUCGCCUGGAUUUUAGUUUUUUACAGUCGUGGAUUAGGUGAUCUGUGGAUAAUAAUCCUUUGCAGAAGGGACAUGGUUUUUUGGGAGUCAAGAGGUGUACGUGUGUCAAUUUACUUUAUCCCAUUAUUGUAGAGUGCUGCCUUGGGGUUGUUUUUGGGUAUGUUGCCCUUGUGCCCUUUGGAUUUAAUGUAACGUAUCGAUGGGAAAUAUUUAUUAGUGUUAUUAGUAAGAACUCUCUUAAUUUUUAGUACAAAUAUUCAUAAUCGCUUUUAAAAAAAUCUGAGUUAGUACAAGCAUACCAACGCUUAAAUCAGUUUCCCAUACACUUGUUAAAAGCCUCGGCUGGUAGGGCCCUUAAUGCCUUCAGCGCAUUCGCUGAUUUUUCAGUUUCGAAAACAGAAAAGAGCUAUAGAUACCCAAAUUUUCAAAUACAAUGGCUGAGCGAUGUCUCUCAUUUCGUAUUUGAUUAAAUAUCAUGCUAGAAUGUGACGGCGCAUUAUGGUGGGGAAAAACCCUGCAUUUUUGGCUCGUAAAUCCUGUCGUUUACGACCAAUUGCAUCAAAUUGAAUGUAGAGUACUCAGCUGCGAUGUCAAGCAUUUAUUUUGCGGCCUCUACUUUACUCAAAAGAUUCAGGGAUUAUGGUACGACUUAACAUUGACACGUCUUAUAUCCAAAACAUUAACCAAAGAUUUUGAUCCGAUCCCUAAGAGAUGUUAAAAUUAUCUUCUAUCUCUCUGGUGCCAGCACAACCAAGCACUGUUUCUUUAACUUUUUCGACGUUAUUGUUAUAAGCAAAGGUGGAUGGACGAUUCGCAUGAGACAAGUCUUAGAUGGCUUCACGAAUGCUAUGUGUCACUCAAAGACUUGUGUUCGUCAUAAAGUAGACACUCAAAAACACUUCUCCAACAUUUUCAAUUAUUUUAGCCGUAAUUCUAUUGGAAACACAAAAUUUUAGGCAAAUUCGUUGUUGAAUUUUUCCCAUGGUAAAAAUCGCGUCCUUUCGCGUCGUAACCAAAUAGCUGCUCAACAAUACUUAUUGACAUAUGGUGAUCAAACUUCACAUAAUCAUAAAAUAGGGUCAUAGCAAACCAAAAAAAAAAUUAUUAUCGAUUAUGUUUACGAAAUUCAAAUGGACCAUUCCGAGUCAAAUUUCAUCAGAUGACAUUUCUUCUUGUUUUAAUUAGUACUAUUAUUAUUUUUCCCAAAAUCUCGAUCAACUUCUGUAUAGAAUCUAGGCAACUUAAUGUAUAUAUGACAUAUCGGACAACUAAUGCAUAUUUCUAUAAAUAGUGCAAUUAUUAUAUGUACAUACACUUGAAUUACUUUAAAAGUACAAAAUUUUAUCAGUGUAAAGCAUGAAAAGCUAUUUAAGUUUAAGUGUUGAAAUAUAAAAGUUAUUGCUCCUUGGUGGUCUAAUGUAACUCAAAGCAAAAAAGACUAUGUCAUUUACUAAAACUAAGAGUAAUUUGUAAAAUGUAAAUAGAAAAAUUUAUUAUAAAACAAAAUGUAGUUUAAGUCAAUUUUGAGAAAAACAAUUAUAUAUAUAUGCGUAUGUAUAUGCAUUGCGUCUAAACGCGGCAGUAAUAAAUGUAUGUAAAUGUGAUUGUAGUGCUUUUUUUCGCCAUAGCGUAUUGGUGUAUCUUGAUUUAUUUAUGUUUAUUUAGUUAAAUAUAUUGGUAUAUUGUUAGGGGUUGGACUGAAAUACCACUUUGGUAUUAAUGACGCAACAAGUGGGUAGAUGAAUGUCCAUUCCAUUUUAAUUUUUACCUUUUCAAACACGUUUAACAAUAACAAGUAAGGAAAAGCUAAGUUCGGGUGUCACCGAACAUUUCAUACUCUUGCAGCUUGCCAGGAUAAAAGCCAGGGAAAUACAUUAAGGUGCACACGGUUUGUUAGAACAAAUAAAAUCAAUGAUAUGUGGUAUAUGAUAGUUUGGGUAACUUGUGAACCAAUUUCACAUAUUUUUUGCAUUUAACUAUAGUAUAUCCAAUAUUAUACUUCCAAUAAAUUUUGCUAAGGUAUCUAACUUAUUUGCUGAAAUUUACGAUAUAAAGUCAGCCAGUAGUUCAAAAAUCAUUCCAUUAAGUAUAUGGGGACUAAAUUCAUUAUUGACCCGAUACAACCCAUUUUUGACUUACAGGCAUAUAAUUAUCAGAAAAGGAUUCUCUUCGAAUUUCUAUAACAUAUCUCACAUAUUGACCGAUAUUUACGAUCAAAUGUUCGCAGUAGGAACUGGGGUCCACAUAUUCAAUAUAUGGGGGCUUAAGUAGUUUUAGUCCGAUUUAGACAAUUUUUAAUAAUUAGGUCGCCCAGUCAAAGGUUCUAUUCACGCAAAGUUUUAUCGCGAUACAUUUAUUGGUGCUUGAUUUGCAUACUGGAAAGUGAAAGAAUCAGAUGGAAUUUAAAUUGUGUUAUAUGGGAAGUAGGAGUGGUUGUAGUCAGACUUCGCCCAUUUUCGCAAUUUAACAUAGAAAUAUGAAAGGAAUGUUAUCCACUGAAUUUAGAUAUAGCAGAUCCCAAGAUAAGGGUUUUCACCUAAAACUGUCUAAUUUUGAACGCGGUUCCAAUAAAGUUAUCUCACACCAUCCCAGAGAUAAAAUUUAAUGUCUCUGGUAUGUAUAGUGCUUGAUAUAUCGCGCUUUUAUUAGAUUUUAACAGUACCGUUAUAUGGGGAGAUAUGCACAUUAAACCUAUUAUGAGGCGGGACCACGCCCACUUUUAAAAAGAUUUUAAUCUGCAGAUGCCCCUAACUAAUGUGAUCCUGUAUAACAAAUAACUCUUAUAUCUUAUUGUGGAGCUAAGUUAUGGCAAUUUAUUUGUUUAUGAAUAAUGGCGUUUUGUGAGCGUGGCAGUGAUCCGAUUACACCCAUCUGAAAUACCAACCGUCUUACGGUACCAAGAAACAUGUAUACCAAGUUUCAUAAAGAUAUCUCAAUUUUUACUCAAGUUACAUCUUGCACAGAGCGACGGACGGACGGACAUACAGUCACCUGGAUUUCAACUCGUCUCUUCAUCCUGAUCAUUUAUAUAUACAUUACCCUAUAUCUAACUCGAUUAGUUUUAGAUGAUACAAACAACCGAUAGGUAAACAAAAUUAUUAUACUCUAUAGCAACAGGUUGCGAGAGUAUAAAGACUAUUGCUAACAUAUAAUAGUUUAUCAAAACAUUUACCUUUUAUUAAUCAUUUACAAUUUUAUGAAGAAAAAAUUUUAUAUUUUCGCCUGAUUUUUCUUCAAUGACUAUUUAUUUAAAUAUGUCUAUGUAUGUAUUAACUGUAAAUAGGUACAUAUUAAAUUUUGCUAUAACUAAAUAAUAUCUACAUACAAACAUAUUCAUACAUAACGUUACAAUAUGUCCAGACAAGCAGCACCCUACUAGAUAUAAUUGAAACAUAUUUAUUAGUUCUAAUCUAGCAUAAUUUAAUUUAUUAAGGGACAUAUUGUAAGUAAAAUUAGACUAUAAUAGUUAAACUAAUAACAAUGUAAUGCGAAAAAUACAAAAGUUUACUUGGAAUCAAUAAAAUUUCAAAAUCUUAAACACU